GGUCACGAAUGCAGGUCACACUAACUCCACAGGCGAUGUAAAACCAAUGUAGGUACUUGGUGACAAUCUAUUCAAGACAGGAAACGGAAUGCAGUCUAAAAAGACGGAAGGUUUGCUGCGGUGUGAGAUAAUUGAUAGCUGAAAGCCGGCAACAACAUGGAUCUUUUGGGCGUAUUACUUUGGCUGUGCUUACCUGCAAGAUGGAUGGCAGUGCUUUCCUCAGGUGCAGUGACCAUGACGAGAAAGGUGACAUUGGUCCAGAGGAGUCUGCAGAACAUAGUCGGGUCAUCCCCAAAAAUUGAAGUAAAAAGUUUUGAGAACUGGGCCGAGUCACUUAAAGAGGACGUUGUAUUCACGGCCAGCCCAAAGUCGGUGAGAGAGAUCCAGAGGAUCGUGUUUGCUGCUCUCCUCUGCAGAAAGAAUGUCCGAGUUGUGGGUAGCACUCACUCUUGGUCUUCUCUGUUCACCGACUCGGAACAAAUUCAGAUAAAUUUGGGCAACAUGACAUUAGAGGGAGGAAAGAGAGUGAUCCUCCAGCCCGGGGAAUAUCCAGGAUAUAGGACGGUAAGAAUCGCGCCAGGUGUGACAGUGGGUGAACUGAACGACUUGAUUGUACCUCUAGGUUUUACCUUGCGUUCAGGGCCUAGCAUUAAGGAGGCAACUGUUUUGGGUGCCAUAGCAACAUCAUCUCAUGGUGCAAUGGUCAAUGAACCAGCAAUAGGUGGAUACAUGACAGGAGCAAGGUUCGUGGAUGGAUGGGGCAAGAUACUGGCUUUCAAUGAGGAUACGGACCCCGAAGUUUUAAAAGCACUGCGCUGUAACUUGGGACUUCUCGGAGUGGUCUUUGAAUUUGAAUUAAAAAUUUUCCCGCAGGAACAAGUUAACUCGUGCGGUAUCCUUACCCCAUUGAAGACGCUUUUCAAUCCGGAAUUUCUGAGAAAUGCUGUUUCCAAGAACAAUUUUGUCUUAAUUCUGUCGGCAUCCUAUAGUUCACUAACGGAGAAAGAAGCAAGGUCAGUGUUGGAGACGGGGAAGGUUCCGACCACGUGGGAUAGCGGCAAUGACAUAGUUUUAAUUAAUAUUGUAGAUCCAGACGCCACGCCUGAUAGUCUGAAUACCUCUGAUGAUCCACUGCCGGAGGACGUGACGGUCGUUUCGACGGGACAGGAGUUUUAUAAAUUUAUAAAAGGAUUUCCGAGAGCCUUGAAAGGAAUCAACCUUACAGACGCUAUCUAUCUGGACACUGCUGUCUUAGGCCCCAAGUUCCUAGCUUCAGAAUAUACAUUCCCGGAGAAAACGGACUUCAAAAGAAGUGCAAAUGCGUUGAAAGAAUUCUCAAGAUUCAUGAACGAGAAAUCCCACACAGAGGGAAUUCUGCCGUUUACUAGAUUUGUAGCAAGAUGGGUGAAAGGCACCGAUUGUUUUCUGUGUCCAACGUCCAAUCCAACCAGUCUGAAAGUUGCUGGCGACGCGGGUCAUUUUACCACGUUAGGAAUGGAUGGGGUAAUUGACACACUGCAGGAAGGCCCCGGCUUUUCGUAUACCAUGCAUAAGCUGGUUGAAGCAUGGGACAACUUGGGUCUUGAAGGAACUCUUCACUGGGGUAAAAUUACCGAAGUGACAAACUUCAAAGAGAAGAUCAAAACUUACUUCAGACACGACCUGGGAUUCUUUGAAAAUAUCCGCAGGAAAAUCGAUCCUCACGGCGUGUUCAUGAAUGAUUACCUUAGUUACCUCUAUGACGCCUUUAAUAAUGUUAACUGAUAUUAUGAUAACAUUGAAAAAUAUUAUUAAUGCUAGCAAACUUAUCGGAAUGAAGGCCCAUCACGAUGUUCACAGCGGGUUCAGAUAAACCGAAUUCCGAGAGAAUGGACUCAUAUGUAACUUCAUUACCUCCUUCUUGUUUCACGAGUGGCUGUUGUGGAAGAAGAGCUAAAUUAUUGAUAUAAAUCAUAUUUUAUCUCUAUUUUCAUAUACCGAAGAUAAAGAGAUGAAUUAGUAUAUGCAUGUAGUUGCUGUUUUGCUGUUAUUCAUAUUUACACAUAAUUUUCCAAAUAAAGCAUAACUUUCUUUUAAAUUAAUUACACGAAGAGUCGAUUCAAAAACUAAUUAGGAGACGACGUGAAGUAUACAUUUUUAACACCGGUGAAGAAUAGAUGAAUGUCUGUAAUUAGCGACAUUAUCACCAGAAGAUUUUAUGGCUAUUUAUGACAGUUACACCCUUGAGGUGAUCAUUUGUUAAUAAAAGCACUUGGAAUUGGAGGUGUGACAACUGUGACCAAUGAUGUAUAGAAGAUUUGUAGCACAGGCAUUUAUUUUUGUUCUGG